AUGAGACUUAGAAAGGAUGUUAGAGAAAACUUGAAAGAGCCUGAUUAUUGGCAAAACGUCACCAAACCAAGUUUAAUUGAUUUCUUGAAAUAUCGCAAGACCAAAGUUCAUGAAAAGCUUGAUAAAAAUAAUGAAAUACUUCGGUAUAAACAUGAUUUAAAGCAGAUAGGAAGGCAUUAUAAAUACGGAAGUAAAGCAAAGGUCGUAAAAGUCGCUAAGCUUAAUUUAAAGGAUGAAUUAAUUUCAUCUGAAGUAAUUGAAUUUUGGAGAUUGCAAGAAAUUCAGAACGAGGAUGAAUUAAUAUCAUCUGAAGCGAAUGACUUCCGGAGAACGCAAGAAGUUCAAAGCGAGAUUGAAAUAGAACAGCAAAUUGAUGACUUAGAUAAGAUAAAGAUCCAUGGAAUUCUCAAAAAAGAAAUUCUGGUUGAACGUAACGUUAAAAGCAUCAUUGAUGCUUUUGAACUUUAUAAGGAUAACAGUAAUGAUGAUGAUAAAUUAACUUAUAAGCAGUGGUCAAAUGCCGUAGAUAAUUUGAAUAUCAAAGAAUACAAGGAAGAGACCACUAAAAUGAUAAUAAAGAUAAUUACUAGAUCACUUGAUAAUUUCUUGCAAGCUUUCGCCUUGGGACAUAUGAAUCCACUCCAUAAUAUCGAAGCUCUUGAACAACCUCAUCUUAAUGACUAUAUACACCCGUGUAUAAAGUCAGCUUUAUGGAGUUGUGCUGACAUAUAUUAUACUUCCGGCGAAAUUCCAUCUAUAAAUCAUAUCAACCGACAAAAGGGAGAUGGCGUUGGGUUUACGAUCGACUCUAACAAAUAUCAGCUUGUUUACGUUGAAGGUUCACGCCCUUAUAAAGUUAAAGCAAGCAAAGAACUUGAUGAUAGAAAUAAAAUAAUCAAGAACCUCAAAAAUAUGUUAUUAAACAUUGUUAAAGAUCGGGUGGAGAAGAGGAAAUUGAUAAUACCGGAUAUGGAAGUUUUUGGUGUUGCUAGUAUAAAACUUAACAUACAUUUGUAUGCUCUUGGUUUUACCGGUUAUUAUUAUAUCAAAGAAAUCGACAACGCCACAAUUCCAAGAGAUUUCUCGGAAAUGGAAGAAUUUAUUUUUUUUUACGAGUCAAUUUUAAAAUGGGCUCUUUCGAUAAAAGCUUGCUUUGAAAAGUUAUCGGAUAAAUCGUUAAAAACACGGUCCUCUCGUGUCUCAUUCGGUUUAAAUAUAAGAAAUCUUUAUGAUUUAUAA